AUGCAAAGAAAAACGUUUGGCAAGAAAACAUCUCGCGGACAAAGGCCGAGGGUAGAUAGGUUCGUGGCACCGAGGGACUCUUUCGAGGAAUUGCGCAUGCGCAGUUCUUGGAACGUCGACGACCGACCGACCCUUGAUAUCUGGUUUUCCAAAUACUUACAAAAGAAAAAAUAUGUGAGUUACUUAGACGAGGCGUUCGGCCUGGAAACUCUGCCGAAACAGAACUCACCUGAUAAUGGAAAAAAACAAUAUUUCGUACAACCUUGGCCCUGUGUUCCGAGGAAGAAGAGAUAUCUGUCAUCAGCUGACAGCAUUUUGGACCUACCUUCUUAUGGCGUUGCCCCUUUCCCUGACCUCCUAGACUGGAGUAACGACAACAUCCUGGUGGCAGCCCUGGGCCGCAGCUACCACAAGUGGAGCUGGCGAACUCAGAGCCUGGUCAACUCUGGCUUCACCGCGCAGGAGAUCCACUGCUGCAAGUUUGACCCUCGCGGGGAAUUAUUGCUGCUCGGCACCAGCCCCAGGAUGGUGGAAGUCCACAACAACGUCAACAGCAAGGUCUCCUACUUCGCCGUAUGCAGCUGUUCUCACCUCAUCAAUCCAUCUUGCGACAUCACCGCCCUGGACUGGAGUCCCACGGGAAACUCCUUCGUCGCCGGCUGUUCCUUCGGUAUGAUAUCUUCGUUCACGCGGGACGCUCGGCCGAUCAGUUCUGUCAGUUAUGUUCAUAAAACAGUCCUCAUGGUGAGGGUGUCCCCCAACGCGAGGCAGCUGGCUGCAUCAGUCAUCGAUCACACCACAAUCUUCAUAUACUCCUGGCCUGAACUAGCUCUGUUGUCGAGUAUAAAUUCACCAGAAUGGACUACUAAGGUAUUCGCGUGGCACCCAUGGCGCACCUCGUUCCUGGGUAUCGCCGCGAUGCAAGGCGACGUUUCCAGGCUGGCCACGUGGGACAUCAACACGGACACUAUGAGCAGCGUGACGCUAAGCCACAGUCAGUACGUCGUGGACACACUGCUGUUCAGCCACCGGACUGGGGAGAUGGUGCUUAGUCUGUGGCAUCCAGAUGCAUCGCUUAGUUACCCAAAAAACAACUCGCAUCUUCUUGUGCUGAGUGACCCAGAAACGGUGGUGGACCAAUGGGGAGAAGGCCGCGGUGGGCUGGACCGUGUGAGGACCAUGGUCUUCAGCCCUGAUGGGACUAAACUUGCGACAGCAACAGCGGACGAAGACCUCAUCAUCUGGAACUUCCUUCCAGAAGACACGCAGAAGAUUAAUACAAAUUCGAGGAGACUUUCUGCUAUGCCGGUAUUCCUGGAUGAAACCACAUAUGGCUUGUCUAUCCGAUAAUACAUCCUAUGUCAUAACAUGUAGACUUGGACAAAAUAUUAUGAUAAAGCAUCUGUGUUCGGACGGUUAUGGCACCUGAAUUAAAAAAAAAUAACAAAUAUAGC